AUGCUGACGAGGAAGCAAUAUUGGGAGGCACCCCACAAGCGAGCAAAAGAUAAGAGCUGGGUAGAUUGUUUCACUGUUAUUCAAAAAGGUCAAUUGUCUAUGUUCCGCUUUGGCGCCAGUUCAUCCUCAGGAACAGUGAAGCAAAGAGAUCCAACUGUAGGUGGUGGAAAUUGGUUAUCAAAUGCUACUUGCAUUGGCGAAUUCUCUCUUGCCCAUUCCUUGGCAAAUAUCUUGCCACCUCCUGGCUACAAUAGAUCUCGACCACACGUUUUUGCUCUCACAUUACCCUCUGGUAGUGUGUACUUCUUCCAAACAGCACAUGAAGAAUUGGCACAAGAAUGGACGUCCACUUGUAAUUAUUGGGCAGCCAGAUUGAGUAAAGAACCAUUGGCAGGCGGAGUCAGCAAUAUGGAAUACGGCUGGAAUCGAUUG